AAAAAAUAAUCUUAUUUUUUUUUAUCACUUGUUAUAUUUAUUGUUUUUUUUUUUUUUUUUUUGUUGUGAUCAUCAAAUUAAAUUAAAUUUAAUUAAAAUUAAUAAUAAUGUCAGCAGAAAAAGGUUAUAAAGAUAGUAUUGCUGGCACUGUUGCAGGUGCUGCAUGUCUUUUUACAGGUCACCCAUUCGAUACAAUUAGAGUUAGAUUACAAACAUCAAAUACACCAGUUGGAAUUAUGGAGUGUUUAAAAAAUACUAUUAAAUAUGAAGGAUUUAGCGGAUUAUAUAAAGGCGUAACAUCACCAUUGUUUGGUAUGAUGUUUGAAACAGCAGUAUUGUUUACAUGUUAUGGACAAAUGAAGGAGUUGUUACAAAAAGAUCCAAAUAUUCCAUUAACAAUACCUCAAUAUGCUAUAUCAGGUGGUGUCGCAGGUUGUGGUGCAUCAUUUGUGUUGACACCAGUAGAAUUAAUUAAAUGCAGAUUACAAAUCCAAACCACAGGCCCACAAAAAUAUAAGGGUUCAUUUGAUUGUUUGGUUCAAACACUUAAAGAAACUGGUGUUAAAGGUAUCUAUAGAGGGUUUUCAGCAACUUUGGCAAGAGAAUUUGUUGGAAAUAUAGCGUUUUUUAGUGUAUAUGAAAGUUGUAAAAAAUAUUUCAGAGAAAAACAGGGCAAUGAUAAUAUCAAUUUACCUUCAUUGGUUUUAAGUGGUGGUUUGGGUGGUAUGGCAUAUUGGACAGUACUUUAUCCUGUUGAUGUCGCUAAAUCUUAUAUUCAAGUAGCUGAUAGUAACGGUCCAACUCCUUCGGUGGUUUCCAUUUUAAAAGAUAUCUACCGUCGUGAAGGUAUUAAAGGUUUAUUUAGAGGUUACACUCCAACCAUCAUUAGAUCCUUUCCAGCCAAUGCCGCUAUGUUUUCUGUUUAUGAAAUAGUAAUCAAACUUUUAGAUUAAUAAAAUAAUAAUAAAUAAAUAAACUAUUAUUUUUCAAACUAUAAAACAUUUAAUGAAAUAUAAUAUUUGGAUUAUAAGUGCACAAAUUUCCGUAAUAAUUCUUAUU